AGCUGAUGAACACUGUUAAUAUAUUGCGUGACGGUGCAGUGGUAAUAUGGUCGCGGUACGCGGUACGUGUUUUACAUGCGGCGAACCCACCCGGCCAGGCUACCACUUACCAGUCUUUGUACGCGGGAUAAGUAUGGCUAGGCCCUAGUUUUACUCCCCUUAUGCCUAUAUUUGCGGUCUCAACUUCACGUUCCUUUUUCCAAAAACGCUAAUGAUGGUCAACGAAGUCCGCUGAGAUAUUACCAUGGGGACGAAAGAAGACUUUGAGGCCAUUUUUGACCUUCUCGAUCCUACAUGCCGGGGUUUUGUGGAUGCAAACCAACUGCAGGAGUUUCACAAAGCAUUUCACUACACAUCAAUAAAUGCUGAUCAAAUAGAUGCUGCCAUCAGUCAGGUGUGCAGUGGAGGAAACAGGUGUCCAAAGUUCUGUUUCCUUGAUGUUCUUUUGGAGCUGGAGAGACGCCGAACUGUGGAAGAGCGGGCAUGGUGGGACUUCCAGGCCUUGGAUAGUCGAGGCAACCACCGCAUCACUCCUCGGGAAGCCUUGAUCCUGAUGAAAGCCACCCACCAGGAACACUUCACUACCCAGACCUGGCAGGCAUUCCUAAAGUCUCGUGAUGUAUCUGCCAAUGAAGAUGUAACUUUUAACGAGAUAAGGAUGUGGCUCUGUAAUCCUCCUUUACAAAGUGGGGAGGAAUGGGAGAUGGAAGAUAUCACUGCAGAGGGAGAGAAGCUGGACAGAGAAAAGAGAACAUUGGAUUAUCAGGAGCAUAAGGAGUUUUUGGUUUUACAGGAGGAUGAGUUGUCACAGACUGUGGACGCACAAGAUAGACAGUACUAUCAAAAUAAAUUCCGUAGCAAGGCAAAGCGCAAGCUCAACCGUUGGGUAAAUCUUGGUGUGGAGGCACUGAUCUUUGAUGAUGGCAAGGACUAUGAGGUUGACUACAGGAUGCGGAAUCGUGUUACUGUCCAGGAUCUGUUAGAGGCACUGGAACAAAAAUAUGAUAUCCUUAGAGAGAAGCUGCUUUGGGAAGCUGUUAAAAAACAUAUUGGGGAUCCUAUUUGGUCCUCCAUGUCAGAGGGAGAGCAGCAGGAACAAGUCCUCCGUGUCCAGAUGAAAGAGCAUCAAUUGCGACGAAGCAGUGACCUAGAUCAGAUCUCACGCCUGGUCAUCUCUUACCAGCAUUAUGACUCUAGGCUGGAAGCUAUGAUAGGAUGCCUGCGCAGUGAGUUUGAACGUCAGUCCAUGGACCAUCAAAGCAAAGUUGCUGUACUGCUGAAUGAGGGAAAGACAGAGGAUCAGAUUUACGAGAUAUUUGCUAAUGAGUAUGCUCAGAGAGUGCAAGGAGUAACAACAUGUGGGCAGCUCCUUAUUGAUCUUCACAAGCGCUACAUGAAAGAGCGUGAGUUUCUUCUGUCUGUACUCAAGAUGGGGAACCGUAGGGCAUUGACCUCUGCUGAGAUGAUUACUGAGUAUGCAUCCCUUGCUGCACAGCAGCUGAUUGCCUCCUACGAGGGCGAGUCAUUUGAGUAUUCUUCAAUGGCAACGGGACUUGCUGAACGCCCACAGCAGUACAUGUGCCCAGGAUUUGACAGCGAUCGAGAUUUAAAUGAGCUGCUUGCUUUGGAGAGACUGCAUCGGAUGAAAGGACGCAGACCUCCCAAAGUGAUUGAUGAUGAUGGCCAUCUGAUAGGCAAGAAUCGAGGCAUUGUAGCCUGGCAGGUGGAGGUAGUCAGACAACUCUUGAAGAAACACAGCCAUGAAUGCGAGGUUAUGAUCUAUCUCCUGCAAGGCAAAGAAAGUGCCACUUGGCUCUCUGUUGCCCGACGGAAGAGCCAGGAACAUCGUGAAGACAGAUUAAAAGCGUUGCGACUACAGCGUUCCAACUGGCGUCAAGGCUCCAAAGAGCACUUGGUCUCUAAAAGGACUGUACAUCUCAAGAUAUUGUUAGAAGGCACAGGUCUCUAUCAUGAAAACAGACGUACUGAGAUUCGUGGAGGGCACAACUUCACUGAUAAUCAAGUCUCUGCCUGUGUGCUAGCUGACUUGCAGCAAAAACAAGCACAAGAGGUAGAGAAGGUUGUGGUAGAGAUGCAGACAAUGACUGCUGACAUUCUGAAGGAAUUAUGGAGGCGUGAACACCGUUCAAGGACUGAGGAAUGGUUGGACAAUGUAUCAGCUGUCAUUUUAUCAACAAUUGAACUCACUGAAGAAGACAAAGAAUUGGUAGAAGCACUGGAGGCAAAAUAUGAUGUUUUGAGGGAGAAAAUACUGACAGACCAACUGAUGAGAGAGUUUGGAGAGUCUCAGUGGUUGAUGAUGUCUGAGCAGGAGCGUCAGCGACUCCUGAUUAAGAAGAAGAUGGAAGAGCGGCAGCUUAGACGAGAAGGCAAAAUGGAUGAGCUGGCACGUCUCAUCAGUGGUGCUGAUAAGGAUAGUAAACAUCUCCAGAAACUGAUGGGAAAAAACCGUGAAGAAUAUGAGAAACAACUAGCUGCACGUCUUGCUCGUAGGGAGCGUCGUCGGGCCAUGGGGCUGGACUCAGAUGAAUCAGAUGAGUCAGAUUCAGAGGAAGCAGGUACUACUGCUGGCCAUAAUUUAUUACUGGACCUUCAGUCUCGUUAUAAUGAAGACAUGGAUGCCUUGAUGGCUUUGCUGCGACGUCAACAGGGCAACGAAAUGAGUGAAAGGGAGAGACAGGCAUUACUACUCCGAUUGAGGAGGGAGAAGAGACGGGCAGCCAUGGAGGAUAACUUUGAUGAGGCAGCACUUCUCCUUGGCUUGGCUGAGAGGAACAAACUCAAUAUGGAAGAAAGGAUGAAAGCUGAUCGAGAACGUCAGUUGCUGUUAGCAAGAGAACGUUUAGGAAACCGUCAGCGUCGUCGAACUGAAGGGAAAGAAGAAAUUGGCAACCAUGAGGAACUUUCUGUACCUGCUGAAGGUGAUAUUAAUGGUUGGCGUGAGACUGUCCUCAAGGAGCUGGACCGUAAGCAUAUCCUGGAGAGGGAACUUCUACUGACUAUCCUGACUGAUGAAGGCAGUGAGGAGUUAAGAGAUGCAGCCAGACAGAUGGUACAGAAAGCCAGGCAAGAGAGGUUGCAGGAACUCAAAGAAGAGGCAGAAAAACUUAACCCUGACAAGAAAGAAGAGAAAGAGGGUCAUCGAGACAUUCUUGAAGAAGCUGGUGCCAUCAAGAGCAUUCUGAGGACCAUAAGUCUAACAACCAAGAGACAUGGUCAAAAGGUUGAAAUGGAUGAAGUCCACGCUAGUAUUUUAGCUGACCUCCAAGAGGAACAAGAAAGAGAGAGUGAAGUGGUUAUGGCUGGCCUUGUCUCCAUGAGUGAGGAAGAGUUGUCCAAGAUGCGUAUAAAGCAGAUAUGGGAGGUUAAGAUGGGCAUUGGCAAGAAUGUUCUGAAUGUCUUCACCCAAUAUGAAGGAGCAGCUGAAGACGAUGCCAUCUUAAAGGCUCUGGACAAGAAGUACGAUGCUUUGAAAGACAAGCUGCUCAUUGACAUAUUGCGGAGUCAUUUAGGAGAGAAAGAGUGGGCUAGAAUGAAGGAGCAAGAUAGACAGAAGAAGCUCUUGGACCUAAGACAAGAAGAAAGAAGACUACGCAAAGAAGGCAAAAUGGAUGCCCUAGCUGCUCUCCUAGGAAAUCAUGCCAAGACGCAGGCAGACCUUAAGAAACUGAUGGGGGACAGCCGAACUGACUACCAGGAGAAACUUAAGAUGAGAAUUGAGAGAAGGAAAAAGAAAAUUGCUGAAGGUGGAAACCUGGAUGACAUAGAAGAAGAACUGUCAGAAGAGGAAGGUGAUUCUCAAGACUCUUCCUCCAAAGGCUCAAGCCCCCUAGAGGACCUGCAGAGGCGUUAUGAUAGUGAACGGGAGGCAAUUCUCAUGAGAUUGAACAGUUCAGAGGCUGAAUACAUGAGUGAGAAGGAACGACAGGCAGAACUGAUUCGACUUAGACUAGAAUUACGUAAAGCAAGAGGAGAGGACAACUUCAUUGCUGCAGCACUAGUGAUGGGGCUCGCUGAACGCAACCAAGCAACCACAUCCCAAAGACUUAAGCAUGACAGGCAGCGACAAGAAUCCCUUGCCAAGCAGCGGAUUGAAGCCAUGAGAAGAAAACGAGCUUUGGGAACUAUCCAAGAGGAGACUGAAGAUACAGUGACUGAUAAUGACGAUAGGAACUCAAUGCAGGAUGCAGUAAUCAGAACCCUUGAGAAGAAACACAACCUGGAAAGAGAAACACUGUAUGAUCUCCUUCAUGCAAAGUAUGGGGAAGAUGAGAUUCUGAUUGCAGAACACAUGACUCAAGAGCAACGGCAAGACAUCCUACAAGAACUAAUGGAAAGAAGACGAGCCAUGGAUGUUGGCAAAAAACAAGAGAAUCAAGUUAUUUUGAGUGAAGCAUCAAUUGUGAAGAUGGCAGGACGAAAAAAAAUACUUGAAAAGGAGACUACCAGGACUUCCAUAAGCAAGGAUGAUGUGGUAGUAACCAUCAUGGCUGACCUGCAACAACAACAAGCCAGAGAGUGUGAAGCUCUGCUUAGUCAACUCCCUGAUAAGGACUUUGAGUCCUUGGUGCAUGUUCAGCAGCAGAACAUUCAGGACCAGAAGAAUGAACGGAAUGAGAAUGUUGCUGUUGUGGUGAUGACAGCCGAUCUGAGCAAGAAGGCUGGGGAGGAGGAGUUAGUGGAUGCUUUGCAAGGGAAGUUUGAUGCUUUGAAGGAUAAGAUCCUGACAGAGGCAUUAAUGAAGCAGAUUGGUGAAGCUGAAUGGGCUGUGCUUUCAGAGAAGGAGAGACAAGUCCGUCUGGUCAAGCUUCGACUUGAAGAACGACGACUGCGCCAGGAGGGAAAGUAUGAUGAGGCUGCUGCACUGUUGGGUGAUGCCAUCGCAUCGCAGACUGCGCUGGAGCUGUUGCUUGGGGAUACCAAGAAGCAACAGGAGGAUAAACUGAAAGAGAGGCUUGAGAAGAGACGACUGAGAGUGGCUCAGGGCAUGACUGAGGAGGAAAUUAAUCAACUGGAGUGGAAAGAGAUUGAACAAGAGGAAGAGGAACUGAGGAAGAAGACACCUAAAAACAUCCUGGAAGACUUGGACAACCGUCUGGAUGCAGAGAGGGAUGCCCUCUUGGCUGGUUUAAGAGAUGCCAAUGACUGUCUGCGUAGUGAGAAAGAACGACAGCUAGAGUUGGUGCGUCUGAGGAGAGAGCAACGUAAAGCUCGCAAGGAGGAGAAGUUUGAUGCAGCUGCCCUUGCCAUGGGAUUGGCCAAACAAGCUCAGGAUGCUGAAGACCAACGAGAGAAGGAAAGACAGAGACAGAUGCAGCUUGCUAAGGAACGGUUGGCUCAGUGUCGUAAAACUAAGGAAGACAGAAGACGAGCCAAGGAAACCACAGGACCCAUUCCCAUGCCUGAGGAUGAACAGAGUGAGGUCAUGAUGCAAGAAGCUGUCAUACAAGAAAUGGAAGUCAAACAUGAACAAGAGAGAGAUGUGCUUAUUGAGUUAAUGCAAGAUCAGGAAAAAAGCAGCUUGAGAACAAACGCCCGACAGAUGACCGAGGACAAUCGACAAAAGAAGCUGAAGGAGCUGCAAGGAGCACGUCAGGAAUGGCGUGACAGUCGACCAUCAAAGGAAAAUGAAGAGGAACAAAUAGACAUAUUUAGUAAAGCCACAGCCCUUACUAUGGAAAGCCUUCUAGAUGAAGCCAGGCAGACACAGGGAGAUGGUAUUACUGAUAAUGAGAUUCAGAUUGCCUUGUUGGCUGAUCUACAGCAACAACAGGAACAGGAAGCUAGACGUCUGAUGGAAGACCUGGGUUCAAAGACCUUAACUACUCUCAAGCAGUUGAAGCAGGUGCAGUACAUUGCCCGAGCCAACGGCUGGAAUGAUAACGUUGCAGGUACAGUGCUAGUCACCAAGUCAGAUUCCUCUGAGGUCACUGAGGAGCAGCUUCUCAAGGCACUAGAAGUCAAGUAUGACACACUCAGAGACAAGCUACUCAGUGAGGCACUUAUGAAACAGAUGGGGGAAGUAGAAUGGGCUCGUCUGUCAGAGAGAGAACGUCAGGGUAAACUAAUGAAGCUGAAGUUACAAGAGAGGAAGAUGAGACAGGAAGGCAAAUAUGAUGAAGCUGCUGCCUUGCUUGGACAAGGACUCAAAGACCAACAAGAGUUGACCAAGCUGCUGGGCAACACAAAGGCUGAGCAGGGGGAGAGAUUGAAGCAACGUCUUGAACGACGUCGCCAGCUAAUUGAAAAGAGAGCUAAAGAAGGUCUUGCAGUAGAUGAUGAGACACUGGAUGCAAUAAUUGACAAGGAGGAAAAAAGACGAGACUUAAUGGAAGACAGGAAAAAGAGGCGGAACAUUCUCGAAGAGCUGAACUCCCAUUUUGAGGAUGAGAGGGAUCAGCUUCUUGCAGCCUUGCGUAACCAGGAUGCUUCCUUAAAGACUGAGAGGGAACGUCAGUUAGCUCUGGCCAAGCUGCGUCGUGACCAACGCAAGCUUCAACUGGAGGAUAAGUUUGAUACAGCAGCUCUCAUCUUUGGCAUGGCCCAGCAACAAGAGCAGGCUAGGGAAUCUAAUUUAAAGAAAGACAAAGAGCGACAGAAGCAGCUGGCUCGGGAGCGAAUCACCAACCUGCGCAAGAAGAAAGCUGCAGCCCAAUCAGUUCAAGAUACAACUCCAGCUACCUUUUCUACCCCUGUUACCACCACCACAGGGGUAUUGAGUCAGGAGGACUUGGUAAAGAAGCUAAGACAAGAAGAGGAGGAGAAUGCUAAGGUGGAUGCUGUGAUCUCCACACAAAAAGAUGUUGGUGUAACCCUGCACACAACCAUCUUGGAUGAAAUUGAGAAGAAGCAUGGCAUGGAACGAGAUCUCCUUUUGGAACUUGUAGAGUUGGCUCAAUCAAACAAGCAUGAAGUCUCCAGAGUAGAACAACUAACUGAACAGGAGCUGAUGAAUGAACUGAAGAUUGGUAAUCAGAGCUGGCAGGAAUGUGAAUUACAGUUGGUUAACUUUGGAAAUGGAAGCAGUAAUCUUGAUGCUGUUGCUGAGCUGCAACACCAGAAAAGACAGGCUCUCAAAUCUGCCAUACUGCUCCGAAUGGAAGAUUACCGCCGUACUUUAACCAUCAAAACCAAGCUUACAAGUGAAGAGAUUACUGAUGAGGUGCUAGUGUCACUCCUAGCUGAACUCCAAUUGAAGCAGUCUUCAGAGAAUAAGGCCUUGAACAAGAUCCUGUCAUUUGAUGAGGAUCCUGAGAUGCUAGAAACUGACAAUGAACUCAUCAAGCAACUGAUCAGUAGUCAGCGCAAAGCCAGGCGGGAACUGCAGCUCAAAAACCUGGAGGCAGUAGUGUUUGGUGGUCUAGCUGCCAUCAAGGAGGAAGAUGAGAAACAACUAGAGGCAGAGAGCAAGGAGGAGGAGACCAAAAUGAUGCAGGAAUUGGAAAAAGAAAUUGAGCAGGAGAAACAGGAACUGCAGGAAAAAGGAAUAGUAAAUGCAAUGAAAGCUACUGGCGAGAAUGUAGACCCUUCAGCACUUUUGGCUGAAUUGGAGGCACAACAUGCAGCUAAGAGAAAGACCAUGCAAGACCAGUUGCAGCGGCAGCGACGUUUGAUGAGGAGUAGGUUGGCUGAGAGAAGACAGAAGCAAGAGGACAAGGAGUAUGAAGAAGAUGCAGCGAUGGCAUUAAUUCAGAAUGCAGAACAUAUCCAGAAUAAGCGAGACCAGGAUGCCCAGAUGAUGAAAGAGAAGCAGACUAGCCUGAUGAAGGACCGCUUGGCCCAACGUCGUGAGAAACGUCAUCAGGCAGAAAUGGCUAAGGAAGAGGAAGAAAGAAAGAAAAAGGAGGCAGAAGAAGCCAAGAAAACCAAAGAUGCUGCAGCUGAACGUUUGCCUCCUGGUCUAGGGAUGCAGCGAGAGAAGACUGUGAUUGAUGUAUCAGUAUCUGAGGAGAAGAAGAAAGCAUUGUUUGAUACACUGGUACGGGAACACACAAAGGCACAGUUGAAGAUUGAGAUGGAACAAGAGAAACAGACUCAACAGUUAAAGGAGCGUAUCCAGCAGCGUAAGAAUCGUUACCAGGAUGCUGCCACCAUGCUGUUAGGCUUAGGUGAACGUCAGAAGACAAUGGUGGCCAAAUCACAGAAGGAGGAGCGAGACCGGCAGCUGACCAUGGUUAAGGAGCGCAUAGAGAAAGUGCGCUAUGAGCGAACUCAGACCAUGAAGCUGAAGAAAGACCUCAAUGCCAAGACCUUCAAGGACAUGAUGGAACCAGACAGGGACAGUGGCCUGUCUAAGGAUGAGAAAAUGGCCCAGGUUGCUGCUAACAUGCAGAGGAAAUUCAUGGAAGAUGAACAGGAGAUAAAGAAGGGUACCAAAAGGUUAAUGCGUUAUAGUCAUGUUGAAGCUACUGCAGCUCCGAUGGCACUCAAGAUAAAUGUUCCAACAAUCAGGACUGUCGCUCCAGAUGAUGACAAUGACCACCCUGAUGGAACCAUUGCAGCUCCUUCUCUUCCUGGACAGUCUCAAAUAGACCAACCCUUGCAAGCCAGCAGGAAGCUUGGAGAGAGAGAACGGACUAUGAUGAUGAAGGAGAAAAUGGCCAAGAAACGCAAAAAUCGCAGGUCAAGCCUGGUGGCUGCACCAGACAUGGAAUCACUGUCGCAGAUGAUUAAAGAACAAAAGGAGGAGACGCCUGCAACCUUAGCUGAAGAACUCACACUGUCCUAAAGCAAUUUAAGAGUUUCUGUAGUGGAGUUUAUUUCAAAAUGAAAAGACCCUCAAGUGGUAUUUUAGAAAGAUGCACCAAUAACUUUUGUUGAAGAUUAGGCAUUGUUGUUUUAGAGGUUAAGGGUUGUGUUUGAUGGAGUUAAAAAAAUAACAAAAAUAGAAGAAAAUAUUAGAAACUUUAGUCACAACAAAAUGCCAUAAAUAGAGUCAGAUUAAGAAUAUUCUAUAUUUCUUACGGCAACUUUCUAUUUGGAAUACAUAUAUAUGUACGCUGGAUGUUGCCAUGGACUGAUAUGUGCUACAGCAUACUGUGUGCUGCACCUUGACAAACUUGUCCAACUUUUUGUUUCCGCAAAACAAAUAGGAGAUAAGCUUGUGUAUAUUUUUGUUGGGAAGAGAUUACUGAAAUUCCCUAUGAAAUUUGUUACAUUGAAUCAUUUUGUGCAAACAUCUGUUCCGCUUGUGUGAAUUUGAGUGUUGAAGACAUUUUUUCAUGCUUGAAUCUGUGGUUUCUGUAUGAUUUUAUGUGAAACACUAUGUACUCUUGAGCAAUUCUUGGUGCAAAUGUUGCUCAUUGUACUACUUUUGUUUCAGAACAUUUUGCACAGAUUUUGCUCCAGAUCUAGAUCAUGUGUGCAACAUGCAAAUUGGUAACAAAACCUGUAAAUUGAUACAGAAACCAAAUCCGGAAUUUUAUCCCAUUAACACUUCCAGAAGCAUUUCUUAGGCGCAAGCAACUGUGACACUGAAUUUAUUGUCAAGGAUGGAAUCACUGCUUUGCUCAAUAUUGUAGAAACUAAAAAUGCCUAAAAUUCCUAAUUUGAUUUAGCGAGUGUCUUAAAAGUGGGAACAUUCCAUUGAGUACGGUGGCCAUCUGUGCUAGACACACUCAGUGUUCCCAAUGGAAUGCAUUCCACCGGAAUGGCUACUGCCCCUUGGGAACAUUCCUUCGGAUUGUUCCCAUGGAGUAGUUGGAACAGUCCACUGGAACAGGAAAGAGCAUUUUUUACCCAAACCUAAUUUUUUCACAAGCUAUUCUUAACAUGGAGUUCUUCCUUUUCAUUGUAAUAUAUAAUUCAACUCAAGACUAUAGUACAGACGAACAUUAUGUAUUGCAGAUUUAUACCAACUACUGUUCAUGUACUUGUUUAUUUUAAAUAACUUACCUCCAGUUGUGGCACAGAUGUCUUCAUCAAUAAUGUAUGCUUAAUGAGUACAGUGCCCAGAUGGGGCGUGAUACCUAAGCGUUUCAUAAUUGUUGAAGGCGGUAUUUAUUAGCGGCACCGCUCUAGUUACCCGAAAGGGCUUAAUGCUGGUACCGCAAAAAUACAGCGGUACCGCAGUAAAUGCCGCCCUCUGUAAUUAUGAAACGUUCCCUUACAGAUAUCUCCAUCUGGACUGUUCCUGUUCCUAGCAGAACACUCCUAUGGGUAUGUACAUGUAAUGUAUGCUCCACAGAAUGAUUCCAAUAAACAGUUGCCGUUCUGACUUGCACACACACAGUUCAAGAGAAGCGCAUGAAUGGUCUGAUGGAACGAUCAAACAAAAUAGGCACUUUUGGUGUCAGUAUAAGCACUUGAAGUUAUUCAGAUAACUAAAUAAAUCACGUGUUUGUUAGUUGAUUUGUAACAAUACACUUAUUCGUAAAAGUCACUUUCUCCAAAUCGUAAUUUAAAAGCAAAAAGCAUAGCUUUUCUUUCCGCGUACAUAAACAUGUAUAUUUCUGUCUUUAAAAAUGAUACACAUAAUUAUACAUGCACGUGGGAUUUUUAAACUUUUGAAGGCAAACUUUGUAAUUAUUCACUUGUCAAGUCUUCUGAUUCCAUCCUACCCAAAAGUCACUAAAUAUUGCAAUUCCUUUGAGUGUGAUUCGAUUCGCUAAAAAACUUGUUCAACCGUAGUGCGCCCUCUAGCCCCAUGAUGCAUAGAGGAGCUGCCGCCAUAUUCGUUCCCCUUUUCCUUAGCGUGAUUUAUUUUGGGACGUGUCAUUUUGGCGUCUUUGAGUUCUCGAGUUUUCCGUUUCGGUACAUGUUCCUGUGUUACUUUGAUCAACUGUAACGAGUGUACACGCUGAUAUAUAUUUCCUACUUGUUUAUAUCGUAGUUUCUGUGAUAUUUUCUUCUCUUUCUGUGUGCAUUUCAUAGGCUCUGUGUUGAGUUUACGUUGUUCUUACUCCGAAUUAAUAAAUGGUGGUUGUCAAUUUUCAAAAUA